ACCCUCGCAAUAAGCAAGAUCCAACUUUGAGUUUGAUGACACACACUUCUCGGUCUAUCCAGAAUGUUCUUGGAGGUUAUGGUUCCCCAUAGACCGGUCGUCUGCAAGCACGGAUGAAAAAUAAUACGGAAGUAAACACAGUUGGAGCCGCUGUUAUUCAACUUAUCCGGUCAACUUUUCCCUGGCCAUGUUUGGUGCGGCGGAUGACGAUGACCUGGAGUUCAAUCCAGCAGCAGGGUCAAAACUUGCCUCGUUGUUUGGUCUUGAGAAAACUCCAGAGAGAGGCAAUGCGUCCCUUACAUAUACAGCUCCUAAACAGCCAAAACAACAUUCCAACGAUGAUGGAGCGCACCCAAGCAGAAGACCUUCAACAAGGGGCUCUACUCCAACAAGUGUCGCCCCUGCCUCUAACAAGUUAUCAUUGAUUUGUGUGAAAGCAGUCACCUCUUUCAAGCUUGAGGAUGGAAGCUACAAUCCUCAGGGAAAAUUAGGCCUAGCACUUCUAGGAAAUUCUACAUCAAGAUUAUUUCAACUCUAUCUUUACAAGGGCAAACAGCAACAUAUAACAACAGUCAAAAUCACACCCAAUUUUCAAUUUACUGUGCAGCCCCACUUGUAUGCAACAUUUUAUGAUGAUCGUACCCAAAAUUGGUCCAUUAUGUUUGAAAAGAAGGAAGACGCUUUUGAAUUUACUACCCAAGUAGCUGUGGCAAGAUAUAGAUCUGCCAAUCCAAGUGAAGAAAAUGUAAUUAUCCAAGAGCUACUGCCGGGAACAGGUGAUUCCUUUAAAGAUGGGGAUGCAGUACAGCUUCAACUUGCUGCCCAGCCUUUUGUUGUAGAUUCCGUACUUGCUGUCGAUCCCCGCCAGUCAUUGAUUCAGUGUGCUCUAUCGCACAAACUGAGCAGUACUGGAUGGGCCUCAGGUCUAAUGGGUGCGAGUCCUGGCUCAGUGCGAGUCCUUUUAGUACCCAUACAUACUCCAUUGCCUUGGCUUAACAGCAAGAGGGAUGAACCAUUACUAAUUCAAGCUACUAUGAGUACUAUCCCCUUGGAAGUCCACAGCCCCAAAGAGCUCCCAUCAAAUGAUGAAAAGUUUCUCAAAGCUAGUGCACCUGCUAGUAGUGUUGAUAGUGCUGUUGAUUCAAGUGCAGAAGACUCCAGUGUUCGUGCCAGAGGUGCAUCAAUCAAAGAGGCUUUGACAAGUAGUCCACGCUCCAAUAAAGCCAGUAUCAUUUCACGAAUGGCUCGAAUGGGACAAGCCACACUCCCUCUCAAAGGAGCGGUUGUCUGUAAUCCAAGUGACAGUGAAGAAACAGAGGAAGAGUCAGGAAAUAUUGGAACUGUGAAACCCCCUUUAAAAGCCCGGCCAGGGAAGUCUCGAUCAGUGUCUUCAUCCCACCGUCAGCAACCAUCUUCUUCCCAUACUUCACCAAUUGCUGGAAAUACAUCAACUGUUACUAUGAUGCAGGCACAACCACUCUGGAAUCAACAUCAACAAAAUGUAAUGAGAACUGCAUCUGAUGGUUCGAUUGUGCAAAUUAUGGCAUCUGAGGGACAGCUGGUGUCUAUGAGUUCACAACAGCAGCUGCCAUUAAUGGCAUCGUCUAAUACAGUCAUGUCUCCUACUGAUCCAACUCAACACUUGUCUAUGUUCUUGUCAGAAGCAAGAAUCCAAAACACAGAAAUGCGAAUGAAUCUUAGCAAAUUCAGUGAUAAAAUUGACCGACUAGUGACUAAAGUUGAUAAUUUGAAUGUCUCAUCUGGACCCUCUAUAUCGAGCAGUUCUACUGCAAUUGGUCUUGAACCCAAUGUUUUAUUAUCAAGCAUUGAGAAACUUGUCCGAGAUAAUCAAACCUUGCAAGCAGAGGUAGCAGAAAAAAACAAGCGGUUGGAUGAGCAAAAUGAAAGAAUAUUUUCACUUCUAAACACAAAUUCAAAGUUUUUAGAACAGAGCAGUUCACUUCUGGAACAAAAACAACUUCAAGAGCAAAAGCAACACAAAGAAGAGCAACAGCUGCAACUCAUUAAACAGUUGCAAGACGAAAAGUCAACUCUUGGGAAUCAGCUUGCUAGCCUUCAAAAGCAAUUAGUGACUGUACAGGAGUUAGUACAAGCACUUCAGAAAAAUAACCAUGAUUUAAAUCAUGAGCUAGAAGUUACACGUGGUCAACUUCAUGAGAAAGAAACAUACCUUUGUACAGUGGACUCUCGUAGACAAAAUUUGGGCACAGAUGAUCAAUUAUCUCAACUAAGUGAAACCCUUGAUAAAAUCAAAGUAGAAAAUUUGCAAUUAAAGGAAAAGCUUGUUAAUGAGCAUUCCAAUUUCCUGUCGGAAAAACUUAAUGCUGAAGCCAACUUUAAGACUGUAGAGCAACAGUACAAGGAAGAAGUAACCAGUUUGAAAGACCAAAUUACUAAGCAAACUGUGCAACAUCAGAAGUUGACUUUUAACCUAGAAUCAAAAUUGAAUGAACUCAACAGGAAACUUGAGGAUCAGCCAAAACAGACUGUGAGUCAUUCAACUGCUUCAGCUGAAAAUUUAAUAACUAAUGUAAAAUCAUUAAUGAAUACACUACACAAAGGCCUCAAUCAUCAAUUUGUGAUCGGGCAAAGUUAUGAAGCAGCACAAAUCAAGGCCAUAAUCUCAUCUAUAGUGAAGAGAGAGGCGCUGCAAUUUGUGGGGAAAAUGGAAAAGGAGCAUCUUAAUCAAACCAAUGAACAACCAGAGUCAGAUACCUCUAUGACUUUUGUUGGUACAACAUCCCGUGAGAAUGCAUCCCCUGGUCCUUUACAGUUGAAUGAUUCUGACAUUCCUGUACCACUGCAAACAUGUGAUAAUGGUUGCAAAACAAACAAUCCCGAGGAAAAAACUGAAUCUCUCUCAGAUCCAUCAAGUGUUCUCAGUUCCUCAAAUACACCAACAGUUGAAGUAGCAAGUACUACUGGAAAUGCAUCCUUGGAUUCAGAUGUGGUUAAGGAUCGAGAUGUUUCAUUUGAAGAGUCAUGGCGGCCUGGACCACCACCUCCACCACUUUUCCAUGAUGACGAUGAUAGUGAUGACUGGUUAACGUAGGAUAGGAUAAGUUUUGAUGUGAAAGUUUUGAAAAUGACUAGGUCAACACCCUUUUUCUAGUGCCAUACUAUAGUGUAGUGAACUUGCUUUAUUUUUUUUAUUAUUUUUUUUUGUAAUUAUUGAGGUAAUCAAGUGUUAUUUUUCUCCAAGAUAGUCCAAGAUGAACUUUUUAAAUUGUUGUUAAUCUUUAUUGUGAUAUUCAUAUUACAUUGUUAACUGGUUA